GGUAACAGGGCUGGAAAAGGAUCGCAGCAGAGUGGCGCGCUUUGAUCUCCUGCAGCUGUUUGUAUGCAAAAAUCACAACAAAAUGGAAAAUAUCUGUGCUGCGUUGGAGCCGCAGUUUCCGUGCCGGGAGGCAGCCAUCAGAACACUGGGCGAGCUAAUUGGCGACUCGCGGGAGGCCUAUCCUUCGGCCAUCUAUCUGUUCGGGCACAGUGGAACGGGAAAAACAGCGCUGACCAGAGCAUUCCUCCGAGAAUGCUGCCGGCAGCAGGCAGUCCGCAUUGCUCUACUAAAUGCCACCGAGUGCUAUACGACAAAAAUAAUGCUAGAGAAUAUGCUGGACUCAGUGGCUCCACGUCGGUCUAUAGAAGAAACAAUUCGGGCCGACAAUAUGCUGGAGUUUGUGGAGCAGCUGCGACGUUGGCAUGACCAGGGAGCGAAAUUCCAGAGCUUCUUGAUAGCCGUGGACAAUGCCGAGCGCUUGCGCGACAUGGAUGCGAAUGUGCUGCCCGUUCUGCUGCGACUCCAGCAGCUGACCAGCCUCAAUCUCUGCGUCAUUCUACUGUCCCAGCUUCCCUUUGAGAAGUUCUACAACAAGACGGGUCUGACGGAAGUCAUUAGUCUGCAUUUUGCCCAGUACAACAAGGCAGAGACCCAGCGCAUACUCAGCUCGUACUUUUUCCAGGUGCGAGGGCAGCUGCUCAAUCAAUUUUCGAAGGAUGUCCAGCGCCUGGCGAUCUGCGAAGCGGCCCUCACCGAGGACUUUUACAGCAAUUACCUAAAUCUAUUUCUCAGCGUCUUCUACAAGGCUUGCCGUGACGUGCCCGAGCUGCAGCUGACGGCCAGGAAAUGUUUCUCCAUUUACUUGGAGCCUGUGCUGGAUGGCACCGUGGAGUCCACAGAUGUCUCCCGACUGUGGCGUCACAUUGCUGGACCCUUGAGAUCCGCCUUGACUCAGAUUUAUAUGCGAAUUGAAAAGCCACCGGAUGAGCAGGAAGCAUCAGCAGCCAUCGAGGAUCAGAGCGUACGCAAGCUGGCGCAGUCCCUCGAGUUGCCUUACUAUGCGAAGUAUCUGCUCAUUGCUGCCUUCCUGGCCAGCCACAACUCUGCCAACCAGGACAAGCGGCUGUUUGUCAAGCAUCAUGGAAAGCAGCGCAAGAGAAUGCAGACGGUCAAUGCCAGAGCCAAGGUUGCGGAGAAGAUGUCCACGACUCUGGGACCCAAAUCCUUCAGCAUUGAUCGCUUGCUGGCCAUCUUUUACGCCAUUCUUGAGGAGAAAGUGGGCCUCACGUGCAACCUCCUCUCCCAGAUCUCAACAUUGGUACACCUUAAGCUACUCAGCUUUGUCUCUGGCGAGCAGAAUAUUAUGGAUGGCUCAGCGCGACUGCAGUGCACGGUGGGCCUCGAGUUUGUGCUGUACAUUGGCAAGGUGGUUGGCUUCAAUGUGCGCCAAUAUCUUUGCGAUUUCAUGUAGAUUUGCAUUUCACUUUCAGUGUUUAAAUAUAUUCAUUAAAUAGUUUGGUAAA